UUUAGUCUAAAAUCUUUCCUGGCAUGAAUACAUGAUUGUGCUUUUUAUUUUUUGAAAAGAUUUUCUCGACGUGUGUUGUGGCUAAGAGUAGGCAGAUCAAACAAUGAUCCCAAGGUGAUCGCCUCAUAUUUUUUGGAUUUCUUAAGAGAAUUGAGAGGAGUUCCAAGGUGUAUAAGAUCAGAUGAAGGAACAGAAAACUGCAUCAUCGCUGAUAUUCAAAGGGCUUUUCGGUGGUAUCAUGAUGAUGAUAUGGCUGGAGAGAAAAGUUUUCUUACAGGAUCAUCACCUUCAAAUCAAAGAAUCGAACGAUGGUGGUUGUCCAACAAACAAGGUGGUGGACAAUUCUGGAUUGAAUUUUUCAGCAAUUUGGAGCACAUGGGAAAGUUUUCUACCUCGGACCAUGUUCAGCUGGAAUGUCUACGAUUUUGCUUCACAAAACUUGUGCAGGAUGAUCUUAAUAGGUGUGCUCAGGAGUGGAAUCAACACAGAAUUCGACACACAAAGUCUGCUGAAUUGCCUGGUGGAAAACCAGACUUGAUGUAUUAUCUUCCAGAGUUAUACGGCAAGUAAAGAAACUAUUAUUAUUAGUUAUAUUUUGGU